UGUGCGCCAGUCUUCUUGCAGCGGGCGCGCGGCCGGCUGCUUGUUGCAGUGCGCGGAGCGAACUAGGACACACGAGUUCGCGGUCAUAGGCUCGAACGAACAUCGAAAUCGACGGUCAGUGCGGUGACCAUGAUGAUGGACAACGGGGUGAUAACAAAUAACUAUGAGUACACGGAUGGGUACAUGGAGCAGGAGGAGGAGUGGGAACGCGAGGGUCUCCUAGACCCGGCUUGGGAGAAGCAGCAGAAAAAGACGUUCACAGCAUGGUGCAACAGCCACCUGCGCAAAGCCGGCACCGGCAUCGAGAACAUCGACGAGGACUUCCGGAACGGGCUUAAACUGAUGCUGCUGCUUGAGGUGAUCUCCGGAGAGACGCUGCCCAAGCCUGACCGCGGCAAAAUGCGCUUCCACAAGAUCGCCAACGUCAACAAGGCGCUCGACUUCAUUGCGUCUAAAGGCGUCAAAUUAGUGUCCAUCGGUGCUGAAGAAAUCGUCGAUGGCAACCUUAAGAUGACGCUGGGUAUGAUCUGGACCAUCAUUCUGAGAUUCGCCAUCCAAGAUAUCUCAGUGGAAGAAAUGACCGCUAAGGAAGGUCUGCUCCUCUGGUGUCAACGCAAGACAGCGCCGUACAAGAACGUGAACGUCCAGAACUUCCACCUGUCCUUCAAGGACGGUCUGGCCUUCUGCGCCCUCAUCCACAGACACAGGCCAGACCUGAUCGACUACAGCAAACUGUCCAAAGACAACCCUCUAGAGAACUUGAACACCGCAUUCGAUGUCGCUGAGAAAUACCUCGACAUCCCUCGCAUGUUGGACCCCGAUGACCUUAUAAACACACCAAAGCCGGACGAACGCGCCAUUAUGACCUAUGUGUCAUGUUACUACCACGCGUUUCAAGGCGCGCAACAGGCUGAGACGGCCGCGAACCGUAUUUGCAAGGUUCUCAAAGUCAACCAGGAGAAUGAACGCCUCAUGGAAGAGUACGAGCGUCUUGCCAGCGAUCUUCUGGACUGGAUCCGGCGCACGAUGCCGUGGCUGAACAGCCGCCAAACCGACAACUCGCUUGCCGGUUGCCAGAAGAAGCUGGAAGACUACCGUACUUACAGGCGUAAGCACAAGCCGCCCCGCGUAGAGCAGAAGGCCAAGCUCGAGACCAACUUCAACACCUUGCAAACCAAACUGCGCCUCAGCAACCGCCCUGCCUACAUGCCCACCGAAGGCAAGAUGGUAUCUGACAUCGCUCAAGCUUGGAAGGGCCUAGAAAUCGCUGAGAAGGCGUUCGAAGAAUGGCUUCUGAGCGAAAUGAUGCGCCUUGAGCGUCUCGAAUACCUCGCGCAGAAGUUCAAGCAUAAGGCAGACAUCCACGAAGACUGGACCAGAGGAAAGGAAGAAAUGCUUCAAUCGCAAGACUUCCGCCAAUGCAAGCUGUACGACAUCAAGGCUCUGAAGAAGAAGCACGAGGCUUUCGAGUCAGACCUCGCCGCGCACCAAGACCGCGUCGAACAAAUCGCGGCCAUCGCACAGGAACUUAACACCCUGGAAUACCACGAGGUGGCGUCAGUGAACACGCGCUGCCAGCGUAUCUGCUCGCAGUGGGACCGGCUCGGCGCGCUCACGCAGCGGCGCCGCCUCGCGCUCGACGACGCCGAGCGCGUGCUCGAACAGAUCGACCUGCUGCACCUCGAGUUCGCUAAACGCGCCGCGCCCUUCAACAACUGGUUGGACGGCACUCGGGAGGAUCUGGUCGACAUGUUCAUCGUGCACACCAUCGAGGAGAUCUCCGGUCUCAUGGACGCGCACGCGCGCUUCAAGGCCACGCUGGGCGAGGCCGACAAGGAGUACCAGGCCAUCGUCAACCUGGUACACCAAGUGGAGUCCAUCGUCAAACAGCACCAGAUCCCUGGCGGCCUGGAGAACCCCUACACCACUCUGACUGCACACGAGCUGAACCGCAAAUGGUCGGACGUGCGCCAGCUGGUGCCGCAGCGCGACGGCACGCUGGCCGCCGAGCUGCGCAAGCAGCAGAACAACGAGACGCUGCGGCGCCAGUUCGCGGAGAAGGCCAACGCCGUCGGGCCCUGGAUCGAGCGCCAGAUGGACGCCGUCACCGCCAUCGGCAUGGGCUUGCAGGGCUCACUAGAGGACCAACUGCACAGGCUGAAGGAGUACGAGGCGGGCGUGUACGCGUACAAGCCUCACAUCGAGGAGCUCGAGCGCAUCCACCAAGCCGUACAGGAAGGCAUGAUCUUCGAAAACAGAUAUUCCCAAUACACAAUGGAGACCUUGCGCGUGGGCUGGGAGCAGCUGCUGACAUCCAUCAACCGCACCAUCAACGAGGUGGAGAACCAGAUCCUCACGCGCGACUCCAAGGGCAUCACGCAGGAACAGCUCACGGAGUUCCGCGCCUCCUUCAACCACUUCGACAAGAAUCGUACAGGUCGGCUGGCACCUGAAGAGCUGAAGUCGUGCCUGGUGUCGGUAGGCUACAGCAUCGGCAAGGACCGACAAGGCGAACUCGACUUCCAACGCAUCCUCGCCGUCGUAGACCCCAACAACACUGGCUACGUUUCAUUCGACUCGUUCCUAGACUUCAUGACGAGGGAGUCCACAGACACAGACACCGCUGAGCAGGUCAUCGACAGCUUUAGGAUUUUGGCUGGUGACAAGCCGUACAUAACAGCGGAUGAGCUGAGGCGGGAGCUGCCGCCCGACCAGGCGGAGUACUGCGUGGCGCGCAUGCCGCCCUACCGCGGGCCCAACGCGCCGCCGCACGCCCUCGACUACAUGGCCUUCUCCACUGCGCUCUACGGCGAGACCGACCUCUAGAUACAGGUCAAACAACAGAAAUCAUCUGAAAAUUCCCUGUUGGAGGGAGGAAUCAUCUCAACAUGACUACAGAAGAUCUUGGCUGAAUCGUCCAGCACUAAAUACGAUCGGCGAUGCAGUGUCGACGUCACCACACAAAAAUUAUUUCCCUUACUUUGACCUCCUCACAUUCGCCCUAAGUAGGUCAAAUGUAAAGCAAACAAUUUAUGUGAAAAAAAUUUAGUUUAUAAAAUCAGUUCUGUAUUGAAAAAAAAAUGUGCAAUGUUAAAACCAAAAAUGCCAUUAACUUUCCUACCAUGAAGUUCUUCACUAUUUACUUACUUUUGGCUCAAAUCAGAAGGAAUAUCUGUAUUUUAAACUAUACUAUUUAUAUAUUAGUGUUAGGUAUUUUUAUCUUUUGUAUGAAAAUUAUCAGGGAAGUCACAAAACAAUUAUUUGUAAGUUAAAGAUGGUGCUAAUGUUAGGCUUGACUAAUGUGUGCCACCAAAAUAAGACUCAUUCACAUUGUAAGAAUGUUUUUGUUACAUUUUAUUUAUUUAUAAGCGAACAUUAUUUAUAUUAGUUUGAUUUUUUUUUAAUGACUGCCACUAGUAAUUUAUUAUACUUUGUUGGUAGUUAGAUUUUAACAUUAUUUAUGUGAUCAUUAAAUUUGAUAAAAGUUGCAGGUCAGUGUCACACCAAUUAUUUAUUUAUCAUAGAUCGCCAUAACUUGCCUGCAUCUAUUUAUUUAUUUAAAUAUCAUUUUAUUAUGAUAAUCGUUUGUGAGAGUAUUUUUGUUUGAGUACUCUAAAUAAAUGAUCUGCCAUAUAUUUUGUCUUUUAAUAAUGACUGUGUUGUUAAUCCAACCAUUUAUAUUGAGAAAGCAGUGGUAUGUAGAUUAAGAAUGAAUUAUGUGCCCAAAAAGUAUACUAACUCGAAUGUACAGCUAAUUUAAUAAAGAGCUCUUAAACAA